CCGACCUACAGAAAACGUCUAAAUGGUAGUGGUAGGCAAAAUGGUUCAGUUGAGUGAGUGACUCUGAAUCGAUCCGCUCACUGAAGUGAGCUAGUUCUUUUGAAUGAUUCACUCGCUCACACACAUGUAACGCUCUCUCUGUUUUGCAUUAAGUCAACAACAAUAUCAACAAAGCUGUCAAAUUUUCACUUCGGUUCGUUUUGCUUUGAAAAAUUGAACAAAUAUUUCCGUUUUAUCCAAGUUUAAAUGGUUUCGGGUUUUUAUUAUUUUACGCAAAAGAGAAUCGCAAAUUGGACAGUUUAAAUGAAGUGAAAUAUGAACACGCAGAUAAUUGGAGGUAGUUAAAAAUAAAAACAUCAGUGGAUAAAGUCUACGUAUGUUUUCUGGUAAAAUUUAAAAAAAUAUUUUGUUGAUUCAAAUACACAAACAAAAGCAAAAUUUAUAAUUGAAAUAAAAAAAUCUUAUUCCUGAAUAAAAAAAAAAAUUUGAUUGAAUCAAAUUGAAACUUCAUUAAAAAGAAACAGUUUUAGUUUCCAAACUAUAAUUGAAGCCAUUCGAAUAACUCUACUUAUAUUAAAAUCAAACGAAGGAAUUAUAAUUUUAACUUAAGUUUGUGUUUGAGGCUUUAAGCGUGUAUUAUUGAAAAAGCGUUUGAUUUUUCAAAUUCAAAAUGGCUUCAAGCGAAGAGUUUUUGAUUGAUGCGCUCGAAGUGGAGGAAGUUCCGGAAGACGAAACAGCACUCAUUCAGCUCUUGGAAUCAAUCGAUUUAUCGCGGAAGGUCAUCGAUUGUUUUCUAGUCAACCAAUACUCUAUUCAGACGCUCAAGCUAAUCGAGCGACAGGAAGUGGAGGAAUUGAUCCCAUAUCCGUUCCUUGCUGAGAGAACGAAGUUCAUUUUCCAUCUCAACAACUGGAGAAAAGAACAGAAUCUUCCAACGCUAGCUGAUAAAUCAAACGUUCAUAACCAAGUUCAGAUCGAGCGAAGGGAAAUCCCACGAGAAAAGUGUACUGCGGCAUUUUUAUUAAAUGAAUCUGCAAAAAGCCAAUCAAUCAUUAAACGAUAUACAGAAACCACCUUUUUAACGAGAAGCGACAAAAAAGUGAUUACCCAUGUUAUUGUAGACGAGUUCAAGGAUAGAUUCGGAAGACUCACACCCUUUGAACUACAGCUUCGAGCCACUGAAUUAGGAAACAUUUUUCCAAGCGAACCGCAGGAAACCUGGUACCAGCCUACGAGCAGUAAGGAUAGUAGCGGAAAUAAAAUAAAACUACGAAAGCAGGCAAAAGGAAGGCUCCACGACAGAAACUUGAAUUAUAAAUCAGUGAUCAGGGUUUGUGAAUCUACAGCACAGCAGCAAGUUCAACCAUCCGAGUGUAAUUCACCUGCAGUUUCCAAAGCACAACUGACUGAAUAUCAGCAAGUUAAAUCUUGGCUCGUGCACAACCAAGACGAAUGGGAAGAAGUACGCAGAAAGUGGAAAUUGUACAGUGUUGUACGCUGCCUGGAGCUGGCUAAAUUAGAAACCAAAACCUGCGCUUCUGUAUUGAAUGAGCUUCCCACGCUACGCAACCACCAAGGAUAUCAACUGAUACAAUUAGAUUUCCAGGAGCGGUAUCCCGGAAAAGAUACGCUUUUAUUCAACCGGUGGUCAAGAUUCGUUGAUGCUAUUCGACCAAUAUUGUAUGUUGAAGUAACAGAUUCCGAAGUAAGGUCUCUCCUAGCUCUUCUCAACAGUGACAACAUAAAUGGAGAUGCCCGUGAUGCAAUCGUGGUUUCACUUAUAGCCCAUAUUUUUCCCAGUCCGAUUCUUAUCCUUCCAGAAAAGGUCCGUUGGAAACCAUCAAUUCAAGAAUCCAAAGAAAGUGUUUUUGUUUAUGUUCCAAAUCUGUCGUGUUUGGAAGCAACCGUGCCAGAGUUGUUUGAUGCGUGGCGUAUUAAAGGAGUGCCUGCAGCACCUUUUAUAGUCGUAUUUGGAGAGAGUGAGACGAACCUGACUGAUUUCAUACUUUGGAACGACACUGUUUCAUACAAAUUUUUAAAUUUUUUGAAGGCACUAGACAUCUGCAUCAAGUUCUACAAAGCAUACGAAAUCGAUUUUCCUCGACAAUCUAGAGCUACUUGGACUUUUUUAAGUGAAUGCUUAUUUGAUUUCACGUGUAGCUCUGAUCUUGCGAACGUUAAAGCGUUACGUUUAGCGAUAGGCAAUAGAAUCUACGAAAAAUGAUCUCAUGCAUUGUAGAACACUGCAUGUGGCAGACAACACCACUGUAUCGAUUCUACUGCCAUAUUAACAACAUGCAUAGCAACAUACAAUGUUUUCGAUGCAACAUCGACAAUUGCACGAGGAGCUACAAUAAAAGAGCAUCAUUCAAUAGACACUUUAAGAAACACUUUACCACCGCUGAAGAGAAAAGGAUGACACCCCGUUAAGCAUACAGACGCGAGGCAUACGGACGCGAGGCAUAGUACGCUAGGCAUAAUGGACGGCAGGCAUACGGACACGAGGCAUAUGGACGCGAGGCCGAA